AUGACGCCUUAUCGGCCCCGCGCCAUUGAGAUCGCCGAUACAAACGAAGUCCGCCUCUCCGCCUUCCCAAUCCCGAACGACCCCAAGGUUUUCACCAUUCGAGUCUGGAAGGACCGCCACGGCCACUUCUAUAGACAGGAGGUGGAGUACCUCCGUACUGAGCUGGACGAGGACGGCGACCCAGGGCCACCCAUGACCAUAGAGGGUACGCGCAUUGACAUGAAGACCAUCUGGCCACGAUACAAACGCUCGUGGCCCAAAUGGCGCCGAGGCCGAGGCCUCAGUCGCAACACGCCGGUCUUCCAUAAGUUUACCGAGCUGCCGAUUUUCGAAGUGGGUGGGCUCGUCUCGGUCCUAGUGGUGUUUGCUCACUAUCGCCAGGAGUUUGUCAAGGCAGAGCAAUCGCACACCGUCCGUGAGAUAUACAUCAACGAGAUGGUGAGCUCUGCGCAGCACGCAAACCUCCUUCCCUUCCUGGGCUGUGAGGUUGAAGGAGGUCGCGUUGCGUCUCUUGUCUUUCCCUUCCUCUACUGGACCCUUGAGGAUGCUGUCUGCGGCAUGUUUAAUAAGAAUGUUCCCAGUCGAGCGCUCAAGUGGACACAUGUCAGCCUCUCGAGCCAACACGUUCGGUUCACCCGCAACGGCAAGAUGAGCGACCGCCGUGACCACUGCAAGGAAGAAGACUUCGUCGAAGUCUUCACCCCGAUCAUGGCUAUCGGCAAUGUCAUGACGGAUAUCACCGCCGCCGUCACUUACCUUCGUGACACGUACCAGCUGUGUUAUCUCAACCUGGCGCCGCACAACGUCAUGUAUAAUCACAAGAAUGACAAGUGGGUGAUUGUCGGCCUGGGCGAGUGUCACAAGGAGGGGACGACGUUCGCCAAUGGGAUUCCGGGCCCGAUGGGCUGGACGGAGAACAGCAACACUGUCACUUGGGGGGUAGUGCUGUCAAUGCUGGUCGAGAUUGAGAAUUACAUCAAGACCGGAGAGUAUCCAAGAGUCACCCACUGGCUGAACUCUUCGCAGAUAUGUAGUUCCGAUAUGCAUUAG